AUGCCAUUGGAUCCCAGGAAACCAAUUACACAGUUUAAUUAUGGCAUACUUCAACAUCCAGAUGAAUAUAAUUAUUUAGCUGAAGCAGAAAAACAAAAACCAACUAUAGAUUUUGCAUCAGAAUUAUCUUAUGAUAGCAGUCUUUAUGGUAAAAUUAGCCAAGGUUCCGCUCGAAAACAACCACCAAUUAAGCAUUAUGAUAAGUAUAAGGAUAAAAAACCUGAUAAACCACAUCGUCAUCAACCGCCACCUCAACCUACUGAUCAUGACCAAACAAAACGUUUAGUCGAUAAACCAAGCCCAAAACCAGGCAGAAGAUCAGGCCAUGGAAUGGUUUCAGUUGAUGAAAAUUAUUAUGUAAAUGUACCUGGUUCAGGUCCACCAGUUAUUCGUCCACCAUACAAUGGACACAAGAGAUCACUGCAAGAUUUAAGUGAACGUUCCGGCCCUCAUAGUGCUUAUGAUCCUAGAUUGGGCGAUACAGUUAUUCAACCAAGUAAACCUAGAACCAGUGAUAGAAUAUCGGAUCAAAUGCCUGAUUAUUAUGAUCAAUAUACAUCGGAUGAAAGUGAUUAUGAUGAUUCAGGAGAAUCGGAUGAAGAACUUAGGCCGCCAGCACUACGUACAAUAACUCAGACAAGGAGACGAUCUGAACCAGAACCGUCGAACAAUUAUCCACCUGUACAAUUAAGAAAACAGUCAAAAGGACAAAAAACUGGACAAUCAAUCACAUCAAUUCGUGAUAGUCUUAUUAGUCCUGAAGGUAUGUCAAUUCCUUCCACUCCGGGUUAUGAAAAUAUUUAUGGUAUUUAUUAUAAUGAUAAAACAGGUAAAUACAUGAAAGGACUAGAUCGUGAUCAUUCAAAUGGAAUGUCACAAGAACGUAUAUCACGACCACGUUCUAAACAUACAACUGCAACAAGUCGAAGUUCUGGUUAUUACGGUGUUAAUGUGGUGAAUGAUACAAGUUCAAAACACAGUUUAAUAAUCAGUACAAAACGUCGAACACUAAGCGGUCUAACUGGUACCCAUCCAUCAAAACAUCGUUCCAGUUCAAUGAAUACUUUAUGGUUCGGUGAUCAUCCUGUACCAUCGGAACAUACAAUCUCGCCAGCUACACCAGUUAGAUUAUCAAAUAUACAAAUACAAGCUCAAGCAGAACUUGAACGUCGACACAGAUCAUCUUCACAUGGACAUAGUUUAGAUAGAAAAUCUAUAUAUAGCACAGGAAUGACAGAAAGUCAUUUGUCCAAAGGUUUAAGUGAUUAUCAUCAAGGUUAUGAAGGAAUUGGUUAUGCAUAUGAUAAUCGAGGAAGAUUAAUACAUGGUGGUGCAUGUUUACCUGAACGUUCAGCUAGUCGUAAACGUCGAUUAUUAGAUGGUCAUGAAAGUUUAUCAAGAGUAUGGAUACCACAAAGUGGUGAACACUAUCCAAUUAAACAAAUAUCUGAUAAGACACCUAGUUCGCUAAUGAAUCGUGAUGAACGGCAAGCACAAUUGGAUAAUUCAGCGAUGGCAUUUGCUUUACGGGAUUUCAAUGCGCCUAAAAUUCGACAGAAACGGGUUUCGAAUAAAUCACAUCGGAAUCAUGAUGAUGAUAAUGCUAAUAUUAAUAGUAAUAAUAAUAAUAAUAAUAAUAAUAAUAAUAAUAAUAAUAAUGAUAAUAAUAAUAUUAAACGUGUAACCCAUCGUACCGCUAUACGCAACAAAUCAGAUAGCAUUAAGAAACAUCAAUACAGACCAUCCAUUCUCAAUUGUUGUAUGCGAUAAUCUUACAUUUCUUUGCUUAUAUCAUCAUGAUCAUUAUUAUCUGAUUGGCAAUGUUUUAAUUAACCCUGAUUAUAAUUGAUUUAUUUUAUUCAUUAUUAUUAUAUUUUCUUAUGAUUCCAUUUAUUUUUUAAUUGAGUAAACUAAUUUCUAUACCUGCAUAGUGAUUAACCUUAAUCUAUGGCUGUGACCUUCAUGAAAAGUUUUGGCUUGUGUUCAAUUUUUUUUUUAUCUUAGUUACAUCCACAAGUUGUGUGUGUGUGUGUGUGUGUGUUUAUGUUACCCAAGCACUUAAACUAUCAACACAAAAACAGAAAACAUAUCAGUCCAGUUUAAUUUUUCCUUUUUUAAUGUUUUUAACCAAGAAAUAUGAAUAAUUUGUUUGUUUAUUAUUUUGUUUUUAUUUACACCGUUUUCAAUCAGUAUAUUCCCUGAUUGCUGUGAAUAUUACCGAAUAACAAAAGCAGUUUUUUGACUUAUAUUUUUUUACUACUGAUUAUAAUAAUAUCAGUAGUAAUAUUAGUUCUCAGAGAUUUUAUACUCGUGUAUGUGCGUGAAUUAAAAGAUAUUUCUAGAUUCUAUGUCCAUAGUAUCAUCGUUUCCUAACAUACUAUAAGGUUGGUUGUAUUAGAAGGGGGUUUUAUGGAGUGUUCUCUCACUACAAUGCUACUUGGGUUGCCUAAAAUGGAGUAGAUAAAGUGUGAUUUGAAGUUGUAACAUAUCAUUCGAAAGUCGAGUAAGUUAACCGCUAAACUAUUGGCUCUUUCACUCUAAUGAUUAUUAAAUUGACAAUUGAGAGUUGUGAGCAUCCACGACCCCGCCUGCCGAGAUUCAAACACAGGACCUACUGGUUUUGCACGCAAACGCCUAAUCUCUAGACCAUCCAACGGUGUUGAUGUCUAACAUCAACUAAUCCACGAAAUUGAGCCACACAUCCACCAUUGUCAUCAGUGAGUUACUAUCUCACAAUAGACCCGGUUGAACUCCACCGGUCACUGCUUCUCACUAGAACUCCAAGAAGUAGUUCUUGAAGCCAGUCUGUAGUGAGUAUAUGUUGAUUAAUAUCAGAAGGGAUUUUGUGGAUAUUAUAGUAAUUUCAAUGGUUAAAAUCAUGAGUCAAUUGAAGUUAGAUCAACAUGAAAAACUUGGAAGUACUGUUUGACGGUAGCUUCGUGCUAUUGCGGGACUCCUCAGCAGUGUACACUCACGAUAUUUGUCUGUUAUUUUCAUGAGUAGUAUAAUAUUUGUCGUGUAAAAUGUGUAGAUGACUGAAAGAACGAUAGAAAAAUUAGAAAACAGACAAAAACAAAACAACAACACUGCAUGAGUGAAUCUCUGAGUCAGUAAUUAUUUAAAGUAAUCUAACAUCAUGUGUUAAAAAAUCAAUAGUUUUGUUCCGUUAACUUAUAUUUCAAUACAAUAUAAACUGUUUCAAACCGUAUAUUUAAUAUACAUCUACGUUAUUGACAAUCAAUUUUAAUUUGUAUGUUUACCAUUUAAUAUGUCAAUGAUUAUGUUUAAUGCCUAUUUCAAUGUUUUAGUACUUAAAGGGCAGGACUAUAAUUUAUGGACGAACCAAUCACGUAUAAGAUAACAGGUCUCGGAUUUCGGCGCGAAAUUCACCCAUCCAUUUGGCUGAAUAGAGUUUUGACACUACAGCUGAUGCCAGUUUGUAAUGAAAACCCUAAAUCUAAUUUUUGACCUUAAUCAUCAACUGUAAACCAUAAUUCUAAUUCUUCACACUGGUUUAUAACCCUCAUUUGAUCCUGGUCAAAUACAUAAACUGGUAUGUGGUAAGCGAAUAUAACAGUAGCAUUAAUAAUAGCACACAUAUCUAAGACUCCUGGAAAAAAAACUGUUGCUCCUCGUGGAGCACCACUUUCUGGUUAACAUCUUUUUAUUAAGAUUGUGUUUUACGGUAUUGGGUUACUGACCUUAUGCUCAACCCUCCUCCUUUACCCGGGCUUGGGACCGACAAUAACCCUAGAAGAGUUACAGGCAGAGUAAAAAACCAUUACUGUCCCAUAAAUUUGAAAACACUUUAUUCUACAGUACACCUUGUAUGUAAGGUAAGCAGUAAAGAGCCCAUAAAUAAUUUGCUCAUAAAAACAUAUUACUCCAUUAAAUUUAUUUUGUGAUGCUAAUUAUCGUCAUAUUAUCUUGAUGAGUGUUACGUAGUUUGAGGUAGGUGGCAGGAAACUGUGAUUGUUUUAGGCCCCAUGAUAGUUGAUAUUGGUUAAAAAGGUUUGGUCGCAAAUUUGAAGGAAACCAAUGCUACUUAUAGCAUUUGAACCAACGUCACAUUGCCUCAUAGUCUGAAUAUGAAUAUUAGUAUUAAUAAUAAAAUAAUAAUAACAA